ACGUCAUGACGUUCAGUCUAGCGACAGCGCAGGCUCCCGGCCCAGUCCGUUAUGGCCGCUGGCGCCGUGGGGAAGAUGAAGGGAAUCGCGCUGGCCGAGCUGCUGCCGGGGCAGGGCAUGCGGGCCCCCGCGGGGCUGGCGCGGCCGCUGCUCCUGACGUUGUAUCACAGACUGAUUCACCGAACCAAGCUGUACAUAACCCAGAUGUUUCUACUCCAGAUGUUAAUGCUUUACCAGGUGAAAACCAAACCAAACCUGCUCCCCAAUUCAGUACCACGCUCCCUCCCACAACUACGGAGAAAAGUGGGGCAGCAUCUGCGACUCCUCCUCCCUCACUUACUACUCCCCUGUCCCAAGAGGAAGCUGAUAACAAUGAAGAUCCUGGCAUCGAAGAUGAAGAUCUUCUCACGCUGAAUAGUUCUCCCUCGACAGCCAAAGACGCUCUGGACAAUGGAGAUUACGGAGAACCAGACUAUGACUGGACCGCCAGUCCCAGGGAUGAUGAGUCUGAGGAGACCUUGGAAGAAAACAGGGGCUACAUGGAAAUUGAACACUCAGUGAAAUCUUUUAAGACCCCAUCCUCAAAUAUAGAAGAGGAAGACAGCCAUUUCUUUUUUCAUCUUAUCAUUUUUGCAUUUUGCAUUGUUGUUGUUUAUGUGACAUAUCACAACAAAAGGAAGAUUUUCCUUUUGGUUCAAAGCCGGAAGUGGCGUGAUGGCCUUUGUUCCAAAACAGUGGAAUAUCAUCGUCUAGACCAGAAUGUUAACGAGGCAAUGCCUUCUUUGAAGAUUACCAAUGAUUACAUUUUCUAAAGCACUGUGAUUUGGGUUUGCUUAUUAUGUAAUUUUAUUUGCUUGACUUUUUAUAUGAUAUUGUGCAGAUGUUUGCCAUAGGCAAUUGGUACUUAAAUGAGAGGUGGGUCUCUCUUUUUUGCCUUGGUGCUUUGGAACUUAAAUGUCACAAACAAGGAGUAUAGUAUGUAAUUUUUUUCUAUACUUUAGAACUCACGCCAAUCAGGUGUCCAAAAUGUGAGUUAAGCAUUACCUUAUUAUUUACACUGUUCUAUUGUUUUAGACUUAUCAUACUUCUUCUGGAAGUAUUAGUGAUGCUACUUUGAGAAGAUCCCAGACUUGUAACUGAAUUCUAACAUACCUACUACUGCUGACUCAGAGCUAUUCUCCGCCAUCCAGCUGCUGGUUUUUAAGCACACAUUCCUUUGUGGUUCCAAACUAUAAGGAUAUAUGUGAAUAAUGCAUAGCAUUAAGUAACAUUUUUUCUUCCAAAAAAUAGCGUUGGAUAUUUUCAGGUAAUUUAAAAUAAUGAUAUUGUUGAAUCUGACCACAAUUUUAGGUGGCACAUUCAAUGUGUCCAGAAAUUCUGGCAGUAGAGACUCUGAUUUGCAGGGGACAGAGAUAAAAUGUUAUAGAAAUACUGUCUAUUGGUUUGAAUUGCUGGAUUAAGUUUAGAAAUAGGAACUGUGGUAAAACAUGAACUACAUGUACAGUUGCUUUUAGUUAGCAAUUGCUUGUAGAAUGGGUUCUUCCAAGGUUUCUAGCAGUGGGCAGAGUUUAAGGUUGUAUGGGAUUUGUUCACUUUGCUUAUUACUUUAUACUAAGUUUGAAUAAGUCUUGGGGGUCAUUAUCAUUUAAAUAAUAUUGUGUGUAGGUUAUUCAGAUUAAAAUUUUACCUGGAUGAAGCUGUUUGUACACAUAAAGGAUCUAUGUGUACCUUUUCUCUUGUACUGGUUUUGUUGUCUUUUUUUGUUUGUUUGUUUUUACAGCAACUGGAAAUUUCGUACUGCAUCUCAUUUUAGCCUGUCUUUCUAUCAUAAAGAAUUGAUCAGUAUGUAAAUAUAUGAUUUGAACCAUGAUUGACUUACAAGUGUCACUACAACCUUUUAAAACACAUAACCCCCAGCCUACGUAGAACAAGGCCCAGGCAAGCCAGUGGCCCCGUGCUCUUGUGAGGUGGAAGAAGCAGGCUGGCUAUCCCUUCUCUCGGUGGACACUGUGCUGUCCUGGAAGGAAGGGAGGCACAGUGGAAAUACAUAGGAACUGUUUUAUUGCAGUCAUUUUUUUCAUACCUGAAAUUGUAUUAUUUAAUAUUUUGAAUAAGAUUUUAAAAAUAAACAACAAAGAUAUCA